AUGUUCAUACAGCUUAUUCUCGACUGGCCACCUAUCAGAAUAAGGACCACCGACCGUCGUCGCCUCGAAUUUGGCCAAACGUACGAAAGUUUCUCGAAUCACAAGCGCUACAGCACUGUUGUCGACGUAGGAUGCGGAGAGGCAAAAUACACUUGUCCUUCUGUACUGGUACUUGGAGUGGACACUUGUGCAGACGCCCUCAUUGGAAGGACACAGAAAUCUCAUGAUCCUCUUGAUCUCCUAUUAGCCGACGCUCUGACGCUCCCAUUCCGGUAA